AUGCGGGGCGCCGGUGGCGACGGCGCCGGCCAGGUGGCCGGAGCGGUGGCCGGCAAGCAGCUGCAGAGGGGUGGAGCGGUUGGGGACGGCGCGCUCGGCAGUAGACGGCACGACGCGUGCGCGCGCGGGAAGCGGAGGCCGCGGCAGAGCGGGACGAGGGUAGCAGGGGGCCCUGGGGCAGCAGCGGGCGGGGCGAGGGCUUCACGACGUUCGCCAGAGAGGGACUCCGACGAGAGGGCAGCGUCGGGCGCCGGCGUAGAUGGCCGCGGUGGUGGUGCGAGAAGCGAGGAUGGCCGGAGCGACGGAAUGGGGAGGCGAUGUCAGCGCGCCCCAAGGGCGCAGUGGGGCAGCCACGGGCGCGGCCGGCACAGUUGGUCGGCGCGGGCGUGGCCGGAGCCGAGCACGGGUGGAGGUCAGGGGGCCGCGGGAGAGGAGGCAGCGGGCGCGUGUCGCGCGAACGCGCACGCGCUUCGGCGCGGCCAGGAGCAGGGGCGCGGCGACACAGUUGUGCACGGGCGGGCGCGGGUGUGA